UUCAUUGCACUUUUUAUAAUAAUGCCUUGAAAUUGUACCUAAAAAUUACAUCAACUUUAUUUGCUGAUUUCAGUGUUCGUGCAGUUUGUUGAAGGUUUGAGAUCAGACACCAAAAGAUUUGGUGAGGUGAUGAACGAAGUCGUAUCUAGUUUAUCAAGAUGGCAGUAGCGAGAGCAGUCACAUGGUCAGCAGUGAAGGAAGACCUCUUAGUUGUGCUGUGGGAGGAGCGACCAUGUCUAUAUCAACCCACAUCAGCUGAUUAUGCUGACCGCAGUAAAAAGGUGGCAGCACUGCAGGAAAUUGCAGGGGAACUUGGAAUACCAGUUCUACAAGUGCAAAAGCGUCUCACGUCGUUAAGGACUCAAUACACAAAAGCAAGGCGGCUUACUGCUAGUAACCCGAAGAAAGCACCGACCAGGAAGAUGAUUUGGCUUCUGGAGAUGCUACACUUUCUCGAAGAUUGCAUUGGAAGUUCCAGGCAGACAGUUUUCACGAGGUCAACAUCCAAUUUACAGUGCAUAGACAGUACUGGAAUGAGUGAUAAGAAUGAAAGUUCAGGAGAAAAUUCAGAGAUUGAAGAAUCGUCACUCAAUGACUCGGUUAAUGAACAAUCACGUCUGAACACUGCGCGCAAAUCUACUAAAAGACCCUUGAAGGAAGAAAAAGUCAAAGCAGUGAAAAAGAAAAAAGACGAGAUAGAACGCAACAUGCUUAAACAUGUUGCUAAAUGUCUUUCGUCAGAAAACAUGAAAAAAAUAGCCCAAGAAGACACAAGUAAAGAUGUCUGUUCAGCAUUUGGAAUGUAUGUGUCCCAAGCUUUAAGAAAGCUGAGCGAAAGAACACGUGUACUGGCUAUGAACAACAUUCAAAAUGUUAUAUUCGAAGCUCAGAUGAGUGAAUAUUCCACCCCACAGGAGGGGACCAACAAUUAUCUUGUCCACCAAAGAAGUUCUUCUGAGCCCGUCGACCUACCCACCCUUGAUCAGCAAGCAGGGGUGUAGUCUGUGUAUAUCAAGGCUAGUCCAUUGAGGCUUGCAACAUACUGUCGUUACAGUGUGAAAUUUCUUCACACGUACAUCAUGUAACCUCCUAUAUACCUCAACAAACGAUGUCAUGUAUCUCAAAUAUAAUUAGUGUAACACCAACCACUAAUUGUUUGGCCUGUUCAAACUGUAAUAGUGUAAGUAGUGGGUCAUCCACUGAUAAUAAGGCACUAGUUAACAAUUAGUUGACACUAGUAGCAAUUAGUUGACACUAGUAACAAUUAGUUGACACUAGGAGAUUUUGACAAUUUAGUCUAUGGUUAUCUAUUUGAUUUUUUCUUGUAGAUCUGUAUCAGAGAUGCCAACACAUAUUUGAAGCAAUCUGUAGUUUCUGGCCAUCAAAUUAGUAGUUCGAGGGUCACGUAGUGACCUGAGUUGGCUAGGGGGGUCCGACAUGCCCCCGGAAAAUUUCUUGAUUCUGAGAUGCAAUUUUCUGCAUUCUGAGGGUCAAAAAUGACAAUAAUAAAAUUUUUUU